CAUCUGCAAGUAGGUCAUAGUACCCGAGUAACAGAAGGAGCAGUAAGAAGAUAGCGAGAAAUUUGAACGAAACGUAAGUUUGCUAAAAAGUGAACAUUGUAAGUAAAAAUGCUCAUAAUUCUUUUUUUUUCUGCUACUUUUUGAUUUAGUAGUUUAUCCUUUUUAAGAAUAGUAACAUGAUGAUUUACUUUAUGCUUCUCAGUUCCACAUCAUCUAAAGGCAUUUUCUGCUCCUGUACCUGUUCGCGGAGCUGUCUACCAACUUGGUUAUUCUUUUUCACGAACAUAACCACAGCUAGCCUGCGAACCGCAGACGUAUUUCCGGUCGUCGCUUCUUUCCCUCCGAAAAAUAACUUCUGCGAACAUGAACGACAAAUCGAUUUCUGUGACGUAAAACCUUUUGUUUUGAUGUUCACCAAUCAGAUCAAAGGUCAUAGAAUACAGCUGAGUGACUCAUCGCCACCUCGCGCGCUGGCGUUUCUUGGAUUUUGGCGAGAUUUACCAAAUAGGAUUUGGAACGUGAAUUUCACAACUAUAACGAGGUUUCCUGCGAUGUUGAAUGCUGACUUCUUUGUGAAGCAACGGCUUCCUAAGUUAUGUAUGUGAUGUGGGUCUUUGUUUUCGCUCUAAAAAAUACGGUAGUUCUUGACAUAAAAUGUGGACAAAAUAAUCCCAACACUGAAAGGAAAAUAACAUCAUUAGCUUAAUUACAUUUUGCUCAGACCCGCGAUUUAUUUCAAUUUAACCAGCGCUGACAAAAUGUGGUGAAUCGAUUGUACAGACACAUGUUUGACUGAUUCAGAAAUCUCUGGCAAUCGCUCGUAAAUAAUUCAAAUUCCUACAAGUAUCGCCACAAAACAAUGAUCUGAAACGUUCAAUAAACCUGUGGGCCGGACCCAGCGUGAAAUAAAUAUUUAGAGCAGUAAACUGAUUAUAGUCAAGAUUACGUUUCACCUACAACGCUUCGACUCAUCUUAUAAAAAACUAUGGAAAUUAAACCUUGAAAAGAACAUAUAUUAAAGAAAUAUAAGGACAAAUAUAAAAAAUGCUUUCAAUCUGAUCAAAGUUCUGUCUGAGCCAAGAAGCAACCACGGAUGUCCUAGCUUUCAAAGAUGAAGGUUACCAAAAAAUAUCUAAAGCGGCACACGACAAACUAUCGGAGAAUUCUCCAAGCAUACUUUCUUCCCGCGAGGAACCAGAAAGGAACAGAAGCAACAAACGUCAUGAUGCGUCUACUGUCAUUAGGACAUUUAUCGUUUCGAAUAUGAUCAAAACAACAAGGUGUGAUAAAUCAUUCACUCCGUAGGCCAAUAGAUUUCCCCUAAUCUUUUCUUCAAUAUUAAUCCUCUUAGUGCUUAUUUCGUCAAUCAGUCCCACGAUCCGUAAAAGCGUCGUUCUGAGGAAAAAAUACAUCUGUGUUUCCCAGGCUAGAAAAAGAGCAGCUGUACACAAGCUAUAGCCUGCGAGAGCAUCCGGUUUUUUCGGCUCCAGUUUGAUGGUUCCACAUAAGAAUACACAAAAAGAAUACACAAUAGACAAAGCCUGAAAUACUACAGACUUUCCGAAACCAGUUGGAAGAUUCACAAAAACAUCGCAAGGCUUCCUUUUGAUGCUUGUUGAGUCUUUCUAACCAGAAAACUUCCUAUUCUUUCCUCAACGCACCUUCCGCCAUACUUUCACACGCGUUGGCGCAAGAUCCACGCAAGAACUCGCGUGUUACUUCUUCGAAUAGGCGAGGUAAAUUGUGAUUGGUCACUAACUGCUGACGUCACGGAAAUUUUCCUCUCGUUUCGAUUUCCCAGACGGUUCUUCUCGGCGGGUGAAACUAAAGCCGAAAAAACCGGAUGCUCUCGCAGGCUAAACCACAGCCUACAAAUAAUCGUUUAUAUAACAUUUCUGUUUUUAGUGAAAAGGCAUUGACUUAAUUGUAGUGAUUGAUGUUUACACAAAUAUACGAUUAUACAUAUAUUGUUUUUUUCCAAUAUGAUUUUUUUUACCGUUCUUUUUUUAUUAUUAUUAAAAUGUGAGUUUAUUUUGCAAUAUGAAUUCCUUGACUCUCUGAAUAAGAGCUUUUGGCAUAAAAAUAACUACAUUAAAGCCUUCUUUUAAUUAAAUUCAUAUUUUCUCGCUCAAGGAAAUGGCAUUGUCGGGUGUUAUCCUAAUACUGAUGUCUGCUGUGUUUAUGGGCACUUAUGCAUGUAAGAAUGGCUUUAGAAUUCAUUUAUUUAUAUUUCACUAUGAAAUCACCGUAUAUAAGAUCUCAGUUUGAAUAAAAUCUUAGUGGUCAAUACACUGCAAGCAACCGACUUAACCAACCAGCCACACAACCAACUGACCCAACCAACCACCCAUGAAACAAGCAAACAAAUAAACAAACGAACAAACCGACCAACACAACAGUCUCUAAACCAGCCGACUAACCAACCAACCAAACGAAUCUAAAGAAAAUAAAUUUUUUUUCUGUAUUAAGUCUCAUAAGCUAAAACGUCGAACAAGUACUGUCUAGAAUCAAGGCUGCAGUCUUUCCAUUUUGACUGCCCUACUUGAUUUAGGGCAGAUAGGAGCCACGUGGUCUGCUAGUAGAAGUUGUCUAUUGGCUGAAAGAGAUUUAUGUAUUUCUUUAAAAAUUUCAGUUGAUGACCGCAAUUUUGCGAGAGACCACAUUCCAUAUUUGCGUUUCGAUGGAGGUGCAAGAGCAAAGCACUGCUGGCCUGACGAGGCUAAAGACUCCAACGAUGGAAAAUGCAAAGACUUCAAUUCUAAAGCUCCUAUCUACUACGAUGUUGUUGAUUGUGCUGAUAAAUAUCGCAAAGUGAGUUUUCCUGUUCUAGCCUUAAUUCUUUUAAGAAUAAAAAUUAAGACUAUUGCUUGCUCGUUUUAUUCUUGAGUCCCCAAGAGACCGAGUACAACGAUAGAAAUAGCUCUUGAUUCAUGGAAACCCCUGUUUCCAUCUUAUUAUGAAUUUAUCAAUGCUGAUGAGCAAAUAACUCCACGUUAUUAACUAUAAUGAUUAUGAUUGUUAACUCUUUAUUUCAAGUCUAGUUAGCACUCAUUUCUGUCUCCUAUAGAACGCUCCAAUCCGUGCCCGCCAUCAAACUUAGUACCGCUGACAUCAUACCAUCUUCUUAUAAUAAUGAUAAUGUCUGAAUUUUUUCAGCUUGUCUGGUGGUUUUGGUAUGGCAGACAAAACCCUUGCACCGGUUCUUUCGGAGCGCACAACAACGACUGGGAACACAUCACCAUCAACUUUAUCAAGGACGGUUCUGGUGCAUGGAAGCAAGACAGCGUGACCUGGUUCCAACACGAUGGUUGGUAUACAAGACGCAACACUGCUAAGAGUCCCAGUGUUUACGUGGGCAAGAACGCUCACGGAAGUUACGACAACUGGUGUGAUGGCAAAGGAUUUGUUUGGGAGCAGGUAAGCCGGAAAACCGACGGUGGCUGUUUUUACAGCGCUCGAGGUGGGUACUAUCCAAAUGUCUCUACAUACUUCUUCCUGUUAUAAGGAAAACAACUGAAUAUGUGUUAUUGUUUUCUCACAAUAUAAUUGAAAACGUUACAAGACUAACUUAACUUUAUAAUGUUGUCACUCAGAAAUGAUUGAAUGAUAUGUGCCAAAAAAAUUAAGUGAAAUGAAACAAUUAUUCGCCUCGGGCUCAGCAAAUAUUGGUCGCCGAUAUUCACUUCAGUAGUUGCUAAUUCGCCUUACAAUAGGGUAGCCAAUCAGAUCGCGCGCUUACUCAUAUCCAAUCAUUGUCUAAAAGUAUAUGAUAAAUGAGAUUCAGUAUGUUAAUACUUUUUCAUAACAUUGUUUACAUUCCUAGGAUUAUUGCGCUGGAGGGUGUGGCUACUGGGAUGAUUUCCGUAACGACAGAAAGGGAAGACGUUGGACACCAACCAACAUCAAGCACGUGUCUGAGGUAACUCAUCAAAAAGGGGUCCAUUCUGGUGAUAUAUGGUAUCUUAAUCUCUGUUAAUACGGUCACCAAAGGAACAAAUCAAGACUCACCAUAUUAUAAGGUUAUCCCGGCGUACUAGUCAACGACGUACGCGCUAGUUGCCCGUUCGUAACCUUCUGCUCAUCGGUUUUCAGUCGGUUUUGUGCGCGCACACUCUUCAUAAUGACGUCAUUCGAAGGUUUUGAUGUGGGAAUGAUAUCAAAAACGCUUCUUCAAACUCUUAAAUUUUUUCAAAACGUAAGGAAACCACACUUUUUAUUUUAUAUAAUCAAAACGCACAUCAAAAUGUAUGUUCAGUCAGUUUUCUCAAAAAUUUGACAUUUAUUUUUCUAAACGCGAAAAGCGACAUUAUUACUGGAGACACGCCUGGUUUUACUUCGCUUCUACCGAAUACGUCUAAGUGUGUGUACCAUAGAAAACUCACUCUAUAAGAAAAUAUUCCGGCAUUAACAUUCUAAUACUUAUAAUUAUUUCCAUAAUAUAUCCUCAUGCAUCAUCACCAACAUCAGUUGUUAUCUUAUUGUAUCAUUCUCUCUAGGUUACUGGUAGGAUCAAUAGAAUCAAAAACGAGAAAUAUUUUGCGGACACCAGGCGUAACAAGUGUAUUGGUGCCAAUUCGCGCUGUGUGAAGGGACCAUGUGGAUGCUGGCGAAAUAACCACACUUUCCCAGCCCCUAAAUGUAAUGUCUAAAAGACGAAAUUAAUGAAACCAGGGAAAUAAACCAUCAGUGAAUACUCUGACAAAAAUACAUAUGUAUGUGUGUGU